AUGGGUCCAGUGUCCUGGCAUCAACCAUCUUCCCUGAACGGCACGAGUUCCGGGUCCCUGAGGAGACGUAACAUGGAGCUGUUGCGGGCGUUGAGGGAGCUGGAACGCACGUGCGCCUUAUUGCGGACAGAAAACUCGCUCCUGCGCCACGGCAACUGCAGCGAGACCGAGGAGAGAGUGAAGAGGCUGAAACGGAAAAAUGCUGAGCUGGCCAUAACCGCCAAACGCCUGGAGGAGAGAGCCAAGAAACUGCAGGAGGCCAACCUGAGAGUGGUCAACAACCCCAUGUUGGCUCGAGGCUCCAGCCUGCAGCACUACAAGAGAGCCUGCGCCAGGCAGCGAGCCAGAGAGCUGACCCAACACGCUGAUGCCAUCCUCGCCAAAGACAAGCAGAUCGAAGGGCUGGAACAAGAGUGCCAACUGCUGCGUGCCAACCUGCAGCCGAGCCAGGAGAUCCUCGAGCGCUUGGAGCAGAGGAACACUGAGCGUUUGCUCCGAGAAGCCCAGAAGGAGGUGUUGCAGCUGCAGAGACAGUUAGCUGUGGUCAUGGGCCGAGGACCCCCAGGCUCGCUCAGCCACCGCACAGUUCGAUCUCACAACAAUGAGCUGAGAAGCAGCUUCUCGGGGGUGAAGGCGGAACGAGAUUUAGCUUUGACGGAGAACGAGCGACUGCACGCCAAGCUGGAGAACCUAGAGCAGGUGCUGAAGCACAUGCGAGAAGUGGCGGAGCGAAGGCACCAGCUGGAAGUGGAGCAUGAAGACGCGGUGACCAUCCUAAAGGACAAACAGGAGGAGGUGCAGCGACUGCAACAGGCUCAGUUCGAAGCACAAAAGGAACAUGAAGGUGUGGUUGUGCUUUUGGAGAACACAUUGGACUCUAUGCAGGCAAAGGUACUUGAUCUGGAGGAGAAAUGCCGAAGCCAGAGCGAGCAGUUCUGCCUUCUCUCCAGGGAGCUUGAGCGAUUCCGUAGGCAAUCAGGAAACAUUGACGUGCUAACAAACAGCCUUGUUACCUCCGAGCCGUCUGUCCCAGUGUUCAGCCAGACCCAUCACUCCGAGACGCCUGUCCCAAUGUGUAGCCAGACACGUCAGUUGGAACCGGCUGUCCCGGUGUUCAGCCAGCCCAUUCACUCAGCGACACCUGUCCAAUUGGGUGACCAGACCCAUCACUUGGCGCCAUCUGUCCCAAUAUGUAGCCAGACCAUUCCCUCGGAACCGUCUGUCCCAGUGUGCAGCCAGACACAUUACUCGGAGCCGUCUGUCCCAGUGUGCAGCCAGACACAUUACUCGGAGCCGUCUGUCCCAGUGUGCAGCCAGACACAUUACUCGGAGCCGUCUGUCCCAGUGUGCAGCCAAACCAUUCCCUCAGAGACGCCUGUGCCAUUGGGUGACCAGACACAUCAGUUGAAGCCGUCUGUCCCAGUGGGUGAUGAGACACAUCAAUCGGAGACGUCUGACCCAGUAUGCACCCAGACCAUUCACCCAGAGACGUCUAUCCCAUUGUCCAGCCAGACCAUUCACUCCGAGAUGUCUGAUUUAGCGGGUGACCAGAUACACCACUCUGAGACAUCUAUCCCAGUGCUCACCCAGACACAUCAGUUGGAGAAGUCUAUCCCAGUGUGUGGCCAGAGCCAGACAUGCCUUCUUAAUGGAGUGGAUUCCCCCAAAGAUAAAGAAGUUGUUCCUCAGACAUUCUGCCUUCCGAAGAUUCCCGAGGAGCCAACAGAAGAGGCUGCUGAUAGUGAGCUUCCAACAGAGGCUGUCAGCAAGUCCGAGCCCUCAGAGGAACUGCCAACAGACACUGGCUCUGUGUUCAGCAAAGGUGCACCUUCCACUCAGAGCUCCAACAAAGGCACCUCAAAGACAGAGUCACUGCAUAGCAGCCCCAAGUCUUGCCCAACUCCAGAGGUGGACACUGCGAGCGAAGUGGAGGAGCUGGAUAUUGAUAACCUCUCCUCUAUUCCCGAUGCUGAUAACAGAACAACAGCAAAGCUGCAGGUCUUCAUCGCUCGUUACAGUUACAAUCCCUUCGAUGGGCCGAACGAGAACCCGGAGGCAGAGCUGCCUCUCACAGCGGGGGACUACAUCUACGUGUAUGGAGACAUGGAUGAGGACGGGUUUUAUGAAGGAGAGCUGGUGGAUGGCAGACGAGGGCUAGUUCCUUCCAACUUCAUUGAACGCGUGUCUGAUGAGAACAUGCUGGUCUUACACCCCCCAGAGGUCAGUGAGCCUUCCCAAAGUUCAUUCCAGGAGAGCAGCUUCCACAGCGGUAGCGAGCGCAGCCUCUCCCUGCACAGGGUCAGCAACGCAGAGAGACAGGAGGAACCUGCCCUGGAGACCAACAAGGACAAGCCCGAGAGCCUGGUCAGCAAUGGCUUUGAUCCCGAUCUGGAGGAGGUGGGGGAGGAUGUGGUUCCUUACCCGCGGAAACUGAACCUGAUCAAACAGCUCGCCAAAAGCAUCGUGCUGAGCUGGGAGCCGCCCAUUGUGCCCGCCGGCUGGGGAACCGCACUGAGCUACAACAUCCACGUGGACAAGGAGCUGCGGCUGAAUAUCAAGUUCGGCUCCCAGACCAAGGCUGUGAUCGAGAGGCUGGAGCUGAACGCGAGGGCGUAUCGCAUCUGUAUCCAGAUUGUGACUGACAAGGGGAGCUCAGACCAGCUACGCAGCACCAUGCUGGUGGGGAAGGAUGUUUGUGUUGCGCCCAUGCAGCUGAAGGUGCAAAACAUCACAGCCUCCUCAGCGGACAUUUCCUGGUUGCCGAGCAACAGUAACUACAGCCAUGCGCUGUUCCUGAAUGAGGCCGAGUAUGAGGUGGUGAAGCCCGGUAACUAUGUCUACGCCCUGAUAAACCUGAGGCCCAACAUGAAGUAUAAGGUCAAAGUAGAGGCCAGACCACAACAGACACCCUGGCAGCUGCCGCUGGAUCGGAGGCAACUCAAGUCCAUUUACACCCAGUUUUCUACCUUGAUAGCAGGACCCCCAGAUGCACCGCUGGACGUUCAGGUGGAGGCUGGCCCUGACCCUGGGGUUCUGCUGAUCAGUUGGCUGCCGGUGACGAUUGAUGCUGCCGGGACUUCGAAUGGAGUUAGAGUCAUGGGCUACGCUGUCUACACAGCUGGAUACAAGAUUACGGAGGUGGCCUCUCCUACCGCAGGCACUGUGCUGCUCAGCCCCACCCAGCCCCAGCUCCAGCUACUACAGACCUCUGCGACGCUGACUGUCCGCACUUUGUCCACCCACGGAGAAUCCGUUGACUCCAGUCCCGGCAUCGUUCCUGCAUCACUCCUCGCAGCAGAGUCUCCCACUGUGCCAAUGUACAGUACCCCCAGAGUGUGGCCACACGCCCAAAUCGCCACUCCUUCCGAUCAAGAGUUGCCAGACCCCGUGCUACCUGAUCAAGCGCAGGCUCCUUGCAGUGCUAGCAAUGUUCCGUCAAGCGAGUCCAGGAUUCACCAUUUUGCUCUCCUGCCCCAGACUCCAGUGGAAGGAACACCAAGCGCUGACGUCUGUCAGGAGCCUGUUCAAAGAGACGGCACUGAAAGUGAAGAGAAGUUACAGGAGGGACGUGAGGCGGAGCCACCAGCUCCACAAGACAGCGAGGAUUUGGAGAACGCUCAAGUGAAAAGACCAGUGGCCUCGAUUGAAGAUUUUCUUUGCAUCCCUGAACUGAAGGAAGACUUUGUCUGCAGCACAAAGACAUCAGAACCUUCUGCUGAGAAUAAAGAGAGAGGUGAGGAGGAGCCGCCAACUCCACAAGACAACGAGGGUUUGGAAAGCCCAGUGGCCUCGAUUGAAGAUUUCCUUCUCGACUCUGAAGAGAAUGAAGACUCUGUCUGCAGCACCACGACAGAACCUUCUGAUGAGAACGAAGUGAGCGACAACGUGAUCGAGCAGGAGCCCAAGGUGUCUGUGGCUGUGCCAGAGACCGUCUCCUCAGUCAACACAUUUCAGCAUCAAUCAGAGGGCCCCGUGGCUGAUGAUUCCCAGUGCAGUGUUAAGGUGGAAUCGAGUCAGGAAUUUCCGACAGAUUCUGAAUCAAAGCAAGAAGAUCUCUCGGCACCCAAGGACGAGCAGCUCACGGAGGAACUGCAACUGGGAACGGGCGAGAGCGGUCAGGUGAAUAAAACUGAUAGCUUUGAGAAUGAGGACUACCAGCUGGAGACUGGUCAGGGCUCAGACCUCUCGGACAUUAUGGAAGAAGAUGAGGAAGAGCUGGGAUCGGAUACGCAAGCGAAUGAAGACACACAGCAGGGUGACUUCCUGACCAGCAGCAGCUCACUGAAGCCCGCAUUGCACCCGCAAGCCCAGAACUCCGAGCCCUACGAAACGGAUAGCGACGAGGAGUUUCUGGAAAAAAUCCUGGAUAUCCCUCUGCAGAAACAAUGCAGCAAGAAACUCUUCAGCAUUCCCGAAGUGGCGGAGGAGGAAGAGGAGGAAAGCAGAGACGACAAGAGCGGAGCCUCGGACAGCGCAGGGCUGGCUCCAACGGGAUCGCUGGAGCCAAUGGCCCACAUCUCCUCCUGCCUGCAGUGCAGUGAGCCCCAGCAGCAGGAGAAGCCGUUAACACGCGUUGACAUUGCGGACACGGGCUCGGCCCUUGGACCUCCUGUUGUCAGACCCCAGGAUCUGGGCGCAGGGAAAGCUUCCCACAGCAACGGGGACAGAGAGCGUGCAGAGAAGGCCAGCAGCGUUUCAGAACCCACCCCCCGUGCUGCCUGGGAGGAGAGCCAGGUCCUGCCUGACGCUGUCCACGAUAACAAACAACAAGACUUGGCUGAGAAGAUGGCGCACGUCCCCAACGCCACCUCCAACGCCAACACCAACGCUGGGAGCAAUGAGCGGAAUGAAAAGGCCCACAAGUCCGCCAAGCCUGGAGCCCCGGUUCGUCCCACUGUCCACCAUCGUUAUCCUCGGUCUCGCAGGCGGGAGGCCAGGACCCGAGCCAGCAAUGUGCAGGAAUUGACUCCAGCAGCUCUCGAAAGCUCAGAGAAAAGGUUAUUCAAGCAGCAGCCAACGCAUACCAUGGAGCGCAGUGAACCAACAAUGCGAUUACACGCACUGCCUGACACUGCCAUUCGACACAGAGACCAACAUGCCAUGGACCUGGCUCUUCAUGGCAAUCCUCUCCUCUCCCUGACAGAGAGGAACUUAGAGAUAGAUGUGGAGUAUGGGACCGAGGAGGAGGAAGAGCUCCCAGCCCACAGCUCCCAAGUGGUUGAUAUCUGGUGCGAUGCCCUGCACGCAGAGAGGGAGGGGAGCGACGCCUCCAGCCAGGGAGAAUGCACACACUCUGCCAACCACACAAGGGAGUUCCAGAGGCAGAGUUCAGUGGAGGACGAGGUGUUUGAGCGGAACUCUGUCAAUGUUAAUCGCUCCCAGCACCAUCGCAGGAAGGAGGCAGUCGGUGCUUUAAGGAGCCUGGCACACCACGCAGAAAGGGAGAGGCUCAGUGCCCACACGAAUAGGUUGCGAGAGGAACAGGAAUCGCUGGCUCUGCAGGCGAGGAUUUACGAGCUGGGCAGGGCGAGGGCAAUGUGGCACCCGAAGGAUGCAACCUGUAUAUGGGACUUGCAGAUGAUGUCAGACCCUCAGUCCCCGCUCCAGGACUCUCCUGCGGAAAGUGAUGUGAAUACAAAGGACAGUUCGUCUCCGCUGCAGGAGCCAGGCUCUCUCAACGGAAGUUCAAGAAACGGAGCCACUGGAGUGUGGGCUGGAGGCAAGCUAUCGGAGACAGAGAACCCAUCGCAGGGUCUUGCCAUUCGUGUCUUUGUGGCUUUGUUUGAUUAUGAUCCUGUCACAAUGUCACCCAACCAAGACACUGUGGAGGAGCUAGCGUUUACGGAGGGCCAGAUCCUUAAGGUGUUGGGGGAUAAGGAUGCCGACGGCUUUUACCAUGGGGAGGCCAGCGGCCGCGCUGGGCUGGUGCCGUGUAACAUGGUCUCGGAAAUCCAGGUGGACGAUGAAGGAAUAAUGGAGCAGUUGUUACAGCGUGGGUAUCUGGCUCCCAGCACCUCCAUGCACAGACUAGGCAGCCGCACGCUCUCUCCACCGCCUCGCCGCACUGUCCCUCCUCCGAAACCACGGCGAUCCAAGAAAGUGCAAUCAGCUGCCUGGGAGGACGUGAAAUACAGAGAACGGAGGAGUCUUGGUAGUGGAGCCCAGCCUGGCCCACCCCGGAGAAUGAUGGCAAUGUUUGACUACAAUCCCAGGGAAAGUUCUCCUAAUGUGGACAUUGAGGCUGAGCUGACGUUCAGUGCUGGGGAUAUCAUCACUGUCUAUGGGGACAUGGAUGAAGAUGGUUUCUAUAACGGGAACUUGAACGAGCAGCACGGACUGGUGCCAUCCAACUUCCUGGAGGUGCACCCAGAGAACGAGCCCAAGACAUCACCCAUGCUGCACCCUGUGGCCAACAGAGAAAGACCGAGGAUCUGGGCUGAUGCACAGUUAGCCGGGCUCAGUGAGCACGCAGUGAGCACGAGCGCUUAUUCCCCAGACCCUGCCCUCAGCCCGGACAGCCAGCGGCACGGCAGCGUGGACAGCGGCGUGGACGGUGACCAACACGACUGGGCGGACGAUGGUGAAAGGCACAACGGCAACAAGAAGAAAAGAGGUUUCUUCUCAAAAGGAAAGAAACUGUUCAAAAGGCUGGGAUCCAGUAAACGGGAACAGCCGCCCCUGGGGGUGAGGGGACAAUACAAUACAAAAUGAAAUUUACGCCUUUUACGUCGGGAGGAUGUCCCAAGGCGCUGGACAGUCAGGGAUUUGGACCUGAGCUGGGAGGAGUAAGAGAGGGUGGAGGGCAGGGAAGGUAGGAGGGUGGCCGAAGGCACGGUCAAGGAGGAGGGUCUUGAGACGUGCCUUGAAGGAGGCGAGGGAGCGAGGCGAAGGGAAUGUGGGAUGGAGUUCCAAAGAGUGGGGGCGGUCUGCAGUCUGAUAGGGGCUGAUCCCCAGGAUGCGAAAGAAUUCCCUGAGUGAGGUGCUAAUCCCCAGCGGCCUAGUUCACAGGGUGAAAGGAGCAAUUCCCCCCCCCGGACGAGGGGGCUAAACCCCAGGGCAAACAAGUCUUCUCCCCAGGGUAGAGGUGAGGAGCCAAACCUGUUAUUUAUUCUUAAAUGGAAUAAGAAAAAUCACUGGUGCAGAGGGUGCCCUGCAGCAAAGCCUUUUGAUACUCGGCCAUUUGCUGCAAGUGAAAAAUAUUGCAGAUUAUACUGGUGUGAAGAAUGCCUCCGGUUCAAGACGGUCCCUCUGGGCGCUUUGUUGGGUUCAGACAGAUUUUGCUCGAGCGGUUAGUAUGUGGCUAACACCCACUUCAGAACAAGUUGACAAUGAGCUGCAGUGAGGCAGCAGCAGCCACAUUCACAGUGUCCGCCCAUUAUCUGCUGUACAUCGCACAACUGCCCGCAGCCUGCCAGACGCAGCAUUGCCCACUCAGGGCCAACGUUAUACACUGAUGUUUUGUUAGCCUCAGUGACCAUCGUGGGAUUGCUAAUCUCCAUUCGUUGCCGCCUCUAAAACAAGCAGCAAGACUCAAGUGUUCACAGGAGAACAGAGGCAACUGCAAAAUGCCGGCAUGUGCAAGAGCGAGGGGGUGGGGGCUGGGGGGUUGUGCGAGAGGCCAGCCAGAGAUGCACGAAUACUGAACGUGCGCUGGAUUGCACAGCUCUAAAGCCAGGACGCAAUUGUGGUUUAGUUCAAAGGGUGAAAGGUGACUGAGCCAUGGGGUGGGGGGGUCCCCACAGGUCAAGUGCUGCUGUUACUUCUGUCAAGUUUUCCUUUCCACAGAAAUGUUUCUACUAAAAUAAAGUCUAUUUUCACAUA